GACAGCUUACUGAGUGACCUCCUUCUGCAGGGGAUUGUAGACUCAGAGACACUGCUACACAUCGAUGCAUCAACACGGUCAUCAGCCAUACAUGGGGUCUCAGACUCUCUUUGACUCUAAAUGAUCUUUCUUUACCAGAUCAGCCUGCUGCUUUUCUUGAGGGACUGUCAACUGGUUAUUUGAAACCCCUUCAAAGACAGCAGAAUGAGGAUCAUGCGGAAACUAGGCCAUGCUCUUGUCUAAACUUACAAGGUUAUCAUUUGACGCACAAUGGCGUUGGCUGCUCCCAGCAGCAGUCUGGACUUACAAAAGGACAAUGGAUCGUGUGUGAGAAAUCACAUCAACGAUGGGAGGCUGAAAGUAGCAGAAGACCCUCGGGUAAGGAGGAAUUCUGUUCCUCCAGCACAGACUCCAACUGCAAAGCAUAUGUUAGCUUAUUUGCCCCGGCCGCCCACGGACACCAGCAGAUAUGGAACCUUCCCUCAAAAGCCCGAAACAAUGGUUGUUUCUGCAACAUCUUGUGAAGAUCACAAUCAAAGAAAUGAAUUUAUUGCCCCCAAAAAAGGAGGUAUCAUCUCGAGCUUCAUCCCACUGUCUUAUUCCAGCAGUGCUAAAGAAGCACGUCAAAGAAGAUUUAGUGCUGUAGAAUCUUCCAAUAUUCCUGCUACUCCUCCUCCACCUGCCAAGAAAAGGAUGAGCGUAACUAUUAAAACUGAAGACUUACCACGCUACCAACGAGCUGCCAAGCAAGAGAUGCCAACUCGAGAACUCAGUAGUAGCAAGUGGUACCCUAGACAUGCGCUCAGUGUUCCCAAUAUUCCCAUGCGUAGUAAGACACCUACACGUAGUGUUGUUUCAGCUCCUGUUACGACAAAAUCUCACCGGAUGCGUUGUAAGCUCAUGUACGAUGACCGACAGCUCUUUAACCUUACUAAUCGUCAGACUCGACAGAGGUAUGUCACCAAGGAUGGGAAGUGCAGGGUCAACCUUGGGAACAUUGUGGAAAAGAAAAGAUUCUUGUCGGAUAUUUUCACGACCAUUGUGGAUCUAAAAUACCGCUGGUUCAUAUUUGUUUUCAUGUUGUGUUAUAUUGUCACCUGGGUUUCAUUUGCAGUUAUUUAUUUUUUGGACGCCGUCAUUAGAGACGACGUGAAUCAUAUUGGGGAACCUGAGUGGAAGCCUUGUAUUGACAAUGUAGAUUCUUUCCUUUCUGCCUUACUCUUCUCAGUGGAAAGUCAACGAACAAUUGGCUAUGGAACAAGGAUGGUAACUGCCUAUUGCCCAGAGGGUGUAAUAUUGCUAAUGGCCCAGUCAAUAAUAGGCUCAGUGAUUGAUGCACUUAUGGUGGGCUGCAUGUUUGUUAAGAUCUCCCGGCCUAAAAAAAGGGCCCAGACUCUGAAAUUCAGUAAGAAAUGUGUUUUAUCGCACAGGGACGAAAAACUCUGUUUGAUGUUCAGGAUUGGUGAUCUAAGAGAUAGCCACAUGGUAGACGCCAAAAUAAGGGCUAAACUGAUCAAAUCUCGACAGACAAAAGAAGGGGAAUUUAUUCCACUGGAACAAUCAGAGAUUAACCUGGGUUACGAUACUGGAGAAGACCGUCUCUUCUUGGUGGAACCCCAGAUCAUCUGCCAUUUCAUCAAUGACCAUAGUCCUUUCUGGGAAAUGACUGCAGAGUCAUUGAAAAGGGAGCAGUUUGAAAUUAUUGUAAUACUCGAGGGCAUUGUCGAAGCAACAGGUAUGACCUGUCAAGCUAAGACUUCUUACACUGAAGAUGAGAUAUUGUGGGGUCAUAGAUUUGAGCCAUGCAUGAGUCUGGAAAAAGGAGCCUUCCGUGUUGACUACACCCAUUUCGAUAAGACGUUUGAUGUCCAAACACCCUGGGGAAGUGCAAAGGAGAUGCAAGAGCAGAACGAUAUGGAGCAAAAUGACAGAUCAACCCUUAGUCUCUACUGGGACAACAUGCUCCAGACUUGUGUCCCUGAUGAGAACAACACAGUUCCUGGACCUUUUUUUCAUGAAAACCAGGAAAAAUUUGACUUCCCCAGUAUUGCCGAAGAAAGGAGUAAGGAGUCCGAGAGCAAUGAUCAUAAAGUCUGAUCACCCGUUAUUGCCAAUAAUUAAAAAGAAAACAUUUUGUGACGGUUUCUUUUUCCCCAAAUCUUUAAUAAUUUUCAAAAUGCGCAAUAAAAAGUUGAACCCAUAAACAUAAUGUGGAACAAAAUAAGCACAUUUCAUUGCAAAAUAUAUUGGAACCACAUCUGUUCCCCAAUAAUAAUAAAUGUAUGAUACUUUGUCAUCAUCGCCCCCAAUACAUCUACUAUUCUCUGUUAGAUGUGAGCAUCUCUACUCUUUUUAAUAAAUAUCCAAGUGUCUGAAAAUCCAACUAUAAUAGCUAGUUUCUACCUUAAUGUUUUUUCCUUCCUUUCAUCCUCUGUUAAUUUGUUACUGUGUCUAAAAUGAUUUUAUUUUUAAUGGUGAUCUUCAUACAUUUAAUUUCUGUCCUAAUUAUUUUAUUCAAAGUCUUCCAUUUCAAGUGCACGGCUUAAAUACAAGACUCAUGGAGUUUUGUCACUUGUCACUUUUUUUCUAAUCUGCAAGACAAAUGCAACACGUGCACCAUAGCACAAUCUGAAAAUUGUGUCUACUAGGCAGCACAAUCCUGAUAGAACUACACUCACAUUUGCCAAU